AUGGGUUUGCCUUGGUAUCGUGUUCAUACUGUCGUAUUGAAUGAUCCGGGUCGAUUGCUUGCGGUGCAUAUAAUGCACACAGCUCUAGUUUCUGGUUGGGCUGGCUCAAUGGCUUUAUACGAAUUAGCAGUUUUUGAUCCCUCUGAUCCUGUUCUGGAUCCAAUGUGGAGACAAGGUAUGUUCGUAAUUCCCUUCAUGACUCGUUUAGGAAUAACGGAUUCGUGGGGUGGUUGGAGUAUUUCAGGAGGAACUGUAACAAAUCCGGGUAUUUGGAGUUAUGAAGGUGUGGCAGGUACGCGUAUUGUGUUUUCUGGCUUGUGUUUCUUGGCAGCGAUCUGGCAUUGGGUAUAUUGGGACCUAGAAAUAUUCUCUGAUGAGCGGACGGGAAAACCCUCUUUGGAUUUGCCCAAGAUCUUUGGAAUUCAUUUAUUUCUUGCAGGGGUGGCUUGCUUUGGCUUUGGGGCAUUUCAUGUAACGGGUUUGUAUGGUCCUGGGAUAUGGGUAUCCGAUCCUUAUGGACUAACUGGAAAAGUACAAGCUGUAAAUCCAGCGUGGGGUGCAGAAGGUUUUGAUCCUUUUGUUCCGGGGGGAAUAGCUUCUCAUCAUAUUGCUGCGGGUACAUUGGGUAUAUUAGCGGGCUUAUUCCAUCUUAGUGUCCGUCCGCCUCAACGUCUAUAUAAAGGAUUACGUAUGGGCAAUAUUGAAACUGUACUUUCCAGUAGUAUCGCUACUGUUUUUUUUUUUGCCGCUUUCGUAGUUGCUGGAACUAUGUGGUAUGGGUCAGCAACGACCCCAAUCGAAUUAUUUGGGCCUACUCGUUAUCAGUGGGAUCAGGGAUACUUUCAGCAAGAAAUAUAUCGAAGAGUUAGCAAUGGUUUAGCCGAAAAUCUUAGUUUAUCAGAAGCUUGGUCUAAAAUUGCCGAAAAAUUAGCCUUUUAUGAUUAUAUUGGUAAUAAUCCGGCAAAAGUGGGAUUAUUCAGAGCAGGCUCAAUGGACAAUGGGGAUGGAAUAGCUGUUGGAUGGUUAGGACAUCCCGUCUUUAGAGAUAAAGAAGGACGUGAGCUUUUUGUACGCCGUAUGCCUAUUUUUUUUGAAACAUUUCCGGUUGUUUUGGUAGAUGAGGAGGGAAUUGUUAGAGCAGACGUUCCUUUUAGAAGAGUAGAAUCCAAAUAUAGUGUUGAACAAGUAGGCGUAACGGUGGAGUUCUAUGGUGGCGAACUUAAUGGAGUAAGUUAUUCUGAUCCUGCUACUAUAAAAAAAUAUGCGAGGCGUUCUCAAUUAGGGGAAAUUUUUGAAUUAGACCGGGCUACUUUGAAAUCUGAUGGUGUUUUUCGCAGCAGUCCAAGGGGUUGGUUCACUUUUGGUCAUGCAACCUUUGCUUUGCUCUUCUUUUUCGGACACAUUUGGCAUGGCGCUAGAACAUUGUUCCGAGAUGUUUUUGCUGGUAUUGAUCCAGAUUUGGAUGCUCAAGUGGAAUUUGGAACAUUCCAAAAAGUGGGAGAUCCAACUACAAGGAAACAGGCAGCCUGA